AGGAGCACUCUGCUCAAAGCUCUUCAUCGAACAGGAGUCCUCACUCCAAGCACUCUGCAUUGGCUUCGGCUGCUGCACUGGUUCUAUUGCUGUCUGGUUGUGCACUCUGAUCCUUUGCACAGCUGCAGAGAGACAGGAGGUACAAUGAUUGAGCUGGACUCAGUAGAGGAGGGCAGCAGUCUGAUAGACGAGCUGAUGAAGUUGACUUCUCAGAGUUUAUGUCAUCUAGAGAUAAAAGAACAUUUUAAUAUCAUUAAAGAAAUCGGCCGAGGCAAAUAUGGUCAAGUUCUGCUGGUCACCCACCGCUGCAAGGGGACACCAAUGGCUCUUAAAGUGUUGCCAAAGGCCUCAACCAAGAUGCAAGGCUUCCUGCGAGAGUACUGCAUCUCCUUGCAUCUGUCAUGUCACCCCUGCAUCGUUGGACUUUUUGGAAUCGCCUUCCAGUCCAACGAACAUUACGGAUUUGCACAGGAGCUUGUUGUGGGACGGGACCUGUUCGCCAUCAUUCAGCCGCGGGUUGGCAUCGCAGAAUGUGCAGUCAAACGCUGUGCAGUUCAAAUCUCUAGUGCUCUAGAGUUCAUCCACCAGCGUGGGCUGGUCCACCGUGACAUCAAGCCUGAGAAUGUACUGCUACUGGAUAACCAUUGCAGACGGGUCAAACUAGCCGAUUUUGGCCUCACCCAGAGACGCGGAACCCUUAUCAGCUUCAUAUCAGGCACGCUUCCAUACAUGGCUCCAGAGUUGUGUGCCAUGGUCUUGGAGGAAGGCCAGAAGGAGGUGAAAGCUCCUCCACUUAGUGUGGAACCCAGUCUAGACACCUGGGCUUUUGCUGUUCUACUAUUCUGUAUUCUCACCGGCUUCUUCCCUUGGGAACGUUGCAAUGAGAGUGACGAUUUCUACGAGGAGUUCGCAGACUGGCGGCGGGAACCAAAGAAGGCCUCUGUGCCGUCUCAGUGGAAAAGGUUCACGCCCGUGUGUGUUGAGAUGUUUAGCAUGAUGUUGGCGGUGGAUGCCAAUGAAAGGUGCUCGGUAGGGAACGUUAAAGGUUAUGUGGGUAAGGACUGGGUGCGAGCCAAGGGAGUUAAUGGAUGGGUGGGGGAAAAUGGGGAGGUCAAUACGCGCACGCCGAGUCCUUGCAGAAGUAGCCACAGCAAUGAACAGUGAUGAUGUCAUGUGAUUCUUUGAGUGGCCAAUGAGUGGUAAUUGGUUUCCCAUUGCAGCGCAAAGUACUUGAGCUGAUUAGUGGACUAAAAUAGCAUUGCUUCGCACAGUAUGCACACACAGUUAUAUAUACAGUAUAUGCAAAUAUGCUGUUAAUACUGCAGAUCUUAAAGGAACAUUCUGGGUUCAAUACAAGUUAAGCUCUAUCGACAGCAGCAUUAGUGGCAAAAUAUUGAUUAUUACAAAAAUUUAUUUCAAAUAUCAACCAUAAGAUCUUUUAAUUUCAAACCUCCUUUAAAAGAAAAUAAAAAUCUAUAUGGGUUCCAGUAAGGCUCUUACAAUGGAAGUGAAAGGGGCCAAUCCGUAAACGAUAAAAUACUCACUGUUUCAAAAGUAUGGCCACAAGACGUAAAUGAUAUGCAUAUUAAAAUCAUUUUAGUGUGGUAAAAUUGCUUACUAUCUUAUCUGAGAAUUGCUACAUCCAAUUUUACAACUUUGUUGCUAUAAAAAUUUAAUGCACCAUAAAAUGACUGUAAAAUGAGGAUUUAAGCAACUAGACAGCUCAAGCAAUCUUGAUUUAACAGAAUGCUUAAUGUAUUUCUACCUUUAAACCCUCAAAAUAUUGGUUCAAAUUCACUUCCAUUGUAAGUGCCUCACUGUAACUUUUGUUUUUGCCUCAAUUGUUAUUUUUUUAAAGUAGGGACAACUAGAAAUUAUAUUAUACAAUUCUGGCAAUUUGAGACAAAUUUUGUAUUGAAUUAGAAAUAUACAUUUAAUUGCAUUUAUCCUGGAAUAUUGUACAUUGUAUUAGACACACAUAAAUGUUAUAUUUAAUGCUAUAUAGCAUAUUAUUGGGAUGGUUUAGCUUUGAGAUGUUUAAUUACACAUGUAUAUAUUAUAUAUAGUCCUAUACAUGUUUAUUUGACCUUAGCAAAACCUUUAUUAGCUAUACAUUUUUCUACCGGAUACACACUUACUAUUGUUGUGAUUAAUGUGAGGUGUUACAGUAUGUGUUACAAUAAAAUGUCUUAAAAUCAUUUUUAUUGUAAACAAAGAUCUUUAAUACAAAAAAAGGCAUGUGGAAGGGCACAAAAUUAUCUGAUGCUUUAAAAUAAGUUUUUUGACUUUUGCUUUUAGAAUUUUAAAGCAUUUAUUUCUAAUAAAUGUACACCCAUUUGCACUAAAGACAACCAUAACAAUGCAUUUAAAUGUCAUAUCAAUAAAAGUCAGGCUAUG